AUGGACUUUGGCGACGAUUCUCGCACCGGCUCCGCGCGCGACGAUGGCGAUGGCGGCACGCUGAGCAAGCAGCUCGGCAACAAGGGCGAUUCCGCGUCCUUGGCCUCGCUCACGAGCACCCUUCUGCCCGUGCUCAUCUACUCAGCCGUGUGCCUCAUCAUAUUCUGGUUCUUCCGCAGAAAAGUGCAACGGGUGUACUCACCGCGGUCCAUCCUGCACAGCCUGUUUGCAGAGGAGCGAAGUCCACCUCUUCCGCAAGGAUGGUUCAACUGGCUGAAACCCUUCUGGAAGCAAGGCGACGACUUUGUUCUGAACCAUUCAUCAUUGGAUGCCUUCCUGUUCUUACGAUACCUCAAGGUGCUUUCACUCAUCUGCUUCGUCGGUUGCUGCAUCGUCUGGCCUGUGCUCAUGCCUCUGCAUGCAACCGGUGGAAAUGGCCUGACAGAGCUGGAGCGCGUGACGAUCGGCAAUGUCAGCGAUCCGAACACAUUCUUCGCUCAUGUUGCCGUCGCAUGGGUCUUCUUUGGUAUUGUCCUCUGUUCUUAUCGCGAUGCUGCGCGCCUUCGUAAGGUCUUUGGUGACUCGGUGAAGCAUGUUUGGAUUCUCCGAGACACUAUCGAUCUCGAGCACCUCGUCGAUGAGCGCACCAAGACCGCCACCCGCCUAGAGAGGGCUGAGAUCCAACUCAUCAAAAUGGCAGAUCGCGCAAGAAGGCGCGGUGAGCGCGCCGCACCCGCACUGCCGGAGCACCUGCUUCCGCCGACCGACUCGCCUCACCAUCCCGCGGCAGCCAUACCUGUGUCGCUCUCCGACGCAUCGCGACCCUCCUCACCCUCAACAUCCACGACGCCACUCCCAACUGGCACGCCUUCAGCGCCUCCGUCACCGAAGCUUUCUGAAGAUCCAGAGAAGCACGCUGGCUUUCCCCAAACACUUCCCGACGUCAAUGGCUCUGUUGCCGGGCAAUGGAUCCCGGCCGACAAGCGACCCCGCCAUAGACCCCUUGGGAACUUCCUCCGUAGCGUCGACACCAUCAAGUGGACGAGACGCCGCCUCAAGGCGCUGAACCCUGCCAUUGCCAAGCUGCGGCGCAAACUUCACCGCGGCACCGAGGGCAGGCCAUUGGAGUCGGUCUUUAUCGAGUUCGCCACGCAGUCCGACGCUCAGCGCGCAUACCAGACGCUGGCCCACGAUAAACCCAUGUUCAUGUCGCCACGCUUCAUCGGCAUCCGGCCUGACGAGAUCGUUUGGGACUCUUUGCGCAUGAACUGGUUUCGCUCGUAUGGCGCGACGCUUCGCCAUGCUGGCGGCGAUUGUAGCUGCCAUCAUCUUCUGGUGGUCCAGGUCUUCCUCGUCACGACCUUGACGUCGGCCGCGUCCGCGGCCUUCAGCCAAAUCCUCAAAGACCCCCUCAGCGCGAAAGACCUGCUGUCCGAAAACCUCCCGAAAGCGUCCAACUUUUACCUCUCCUACAUCCUCAUCCAGUGCCUUGCCGUUGGCGCUGGCAACCUCCUUCGCCUCUAUGAUCUCCUUCGCCAUGGCAUCAUGGCGCGCUUCGUCCAGAACCCCCGCGUGAAGUGGCGCGUCUGGAAGAGGGUGCGUCCUGUCCACUGGGGAGGGUGGUUUCCCGUCUUUACCAACAUGGGAGUCAUCGCGAUCAGUUACUCCUGCAUUGCGCCAGUCGUUCUCGGCUUUGCCUCUGUCGGCAUGUACGUCAUCUACCUCGUCAGCAAGUACAAUCUGCUGUUUGUCGAGGAUUCAUCCAUCGACACACGCGGUCUUUGCUACCCACGGGCUCUCAAGCAUCUCCUGUUCGGCCUCUACCUCUCCGAAAUCUGCUUGCCUGAGCGAGGCCUAGCCCUCUGCUGGACAACCUCCCGCGGACUUCUUGCUCUCGAGAUCGAGGAGCUCAACAGGACCGACGACUUCCCUUCCCCUGGUCUGUCCGACAUCGGAGUGGCCGACUCUUCUCCGCACAUCUUCGGUCAAGACGGCGACGAAGACGAAGAAGACGACGGUCCGGAACACGUCACUCUGGGCAACCGAGGGGGUUCCAAUCCAGGUCUCGAAGGCAGCGCCUCGCUGGGCAGGACGUUCGCCAAAGUCUCGUGGAACGCGUACGUCAAGGCCGUCACAGCCCAGCUCCACAAGAUCGGCCUCGGGCCGGUCCUCGAGCGCAUCGACGCCAUUGUCAGGCCAGAAUACAGCCCGACUCCGAAUCCGAUCAUGCGGUUCCUGCACCCUUCGACGUUCGACUCGUUCGCGCACCUGCAUGAACUGAUCCCCAAGGAUCUUCCAGACCCAACAUCGACAUACCCCGAAGACUACGUCUUCAAGACAUAUUACCCGCCCGAAAUGUGGGAGCCCGCACCGAAGCUGUGGAUCCCCAAAGAUGAGGGCGGCGUCAGCGCGCAAGAGGUGGAGCAUUGCGCACGGUACGGCAAGGUUGAGGCCACCGACGAGGGUGCCUGGCUGCAGGAGGAUGGGAAAGUUGGGUGUGAGGUCGAGCAGGCACCAUUCUGGGAGGAGAGGGUACUCUAUUGA